UUUUUUUGUUUUAUAUUAAUUGUUGUUUUAGAAUUUAAAAUUUAUUUCAUUUUCCAUGUUUUUUAUUCUUUUAAUGAAUUUAUUUGAUUUUUUUUGUUUAAAUAAUGAAUUCAUUUGAUUAUUUUCUGGUUUUACAUCUAUUCUUUUAACUCGUUAAUUAAUAUUAUUAAAUAAAACAGUAUAUUAAUUGUAUGAGUCUGUAUUAUUGAUGACAAAAAAAACAGUAUAUUAAUUAGGAUAAAACAAAAAAUGAGAUGAUUUUUUCAGAUUUGUGUGAAGAACCUAAAACCAUAUAUAAAAUGAAACUGAGUGAGUAUAUUUUUUUGUUUUGCCAAAAGCAGAACGUGAACUUUUAUCUUUUUAUUGAAUUUAUACUAGUUGGGAAGUUAGAUUAAAGUCCCACCUACAUAAGUGUAUUUGAUUUGACGAGUGACUUUGUUUAUUUCAGCCCCCAAAAAAAGCGGAGCCGACAUUAAAAGCAUAGUAUAAAUACGUCAAAAGUUGUAGAAAGCCAAAACCAAAAGACAUUUAAAGCAACAACGUGAAGCACUUGAAACGAGCAUUUGACAUAUAUCCAUACGAAAACGUUAUCAAGUAUUUUGCGACGGCGUUUUCGGCGGCGGCUGAGUGUUUUAGUGUUUACAAGUUAACCAAACUAAACCUCUCCAUCUACCCUUUUAUAUUCCCCACACACAAGAAACUUAAUAUCUCAAGAUGAGCAGAAAAAACGUCAGCGGCAGCGUUGGCGUUUGGCAGAGCAAUAACGGCUACUAUGGAUAUGGCUAUGGAGGAGGAUACAUGGAGAAGAGACAGCUGUUCCUCAAGAGCUACCAGUUCUCUAGAAAACAAAGCUUAACGGAGAAGAUUAAGAGGUCUGUGAGGAGAGUGGUGAAGAAAGUUGUCUGGAUGAGGUUGAAAUCCGCUCGGAGGAUGAAACGCGUCGUUUGGUCGCGUCUCAAAAUGGCGUUCUUCUACCGCCGUAGACGCUUCUUUCGUCUCCUUCACCCGAACAAACCCUCCUCUUAUUACUGCUUCUACUAAGUCUCUUCUCUUCUCUCACUCCGUUUCUUUGUUUUGUGUGUGCAUAGUUCGCUGCUUGCUUAAAAGUUUAAUUAUGUUGUUAAUUCACUAAAUGAUCUUGUUAUGGAUGCUGGUUAGGCUUGUGUUUAACUUUAUUGUGAUAAAAUCUUCGAUAUUAUUUCUUAGUUUCUGGAAAAGGGGUUAUCAA